UCAGGUGGCGCUGCGGGGCGGGCCGACAGACUGCGGGGCGGACGGUGGACGCGGUUAAGCUCAGGUCCCACCGAUCCGACCCCUGCCGUCGCCGCUGCCAUGACGGGGCUGGAGUUGCUCUACCUCGGGAUCUUUGUGGCCUUCUGGGCCUGCAUGGUCGUUGUGGGAAUCUGCUACACCAUCUUUGACCUGGGCUUUCGCUUUGAUGUGGCAUGGUUCCUGACAGAAACUUCCCCCUUCAUGUGGUCGAAUCUGGGCAUUGGCCUAGCAAUUUCUCUGUCUGUGGUUGGAGCAGCCUGGGGAAUCUAUAUAACCGGCUCAUCCAUUAUUGGGGGUGGGGUGAAAGCCCCCAGAAUCAAAACCAAGAACUUGGUUAGUAUUAUCUUCUGUGAAGCAGUGGCCAUCUAUGGCAUCAUCAUGGCAAUUGUCAUCAGCAACAUGGCUGAGCCUUUCAGUGCUACGGAGCCCAAGGCCAUUGGCCAUCGAAACUACCAUGCAGGUUACUCCAUGUUUGGGGCUGGCCUCACAGUCGGUCUCUCCAACCUGUUCUGUGGAGUCUGCGUGGGCAUCGUGGGCAGUGGGGCCGCCCUGGCGGAUGCACAGAACCCCAGCCUCUUUGUAAAAAUUCUCAUCGUGGAGAUCUUUGGCAGUGCCAUUGGCCUCUUUGGGGUCAUUGUCGCAAUCCUUCAGACCUCCAGAGUGAAGAUGGGUGACUAGAUGACCUGUAUGGGUGGGGCCGUGCCCUACUGUUAUUUAUUGCUGGUUUUCCUGGGACAGCUGGAGCUGUGUCCCUCAGCCUUUCUGGGGCUUGGUGUUCAGGGUCCCCCCUGCACUCACCUCUUGCUGCCUGUUGACUCUGGAGGCAUUGCAGUCCAGACUGAACCCCAGUGUGGGGAGUGGGCUGCUGAUGGUGACUGUGUACAGCUGUGCACCUGUGCCCCCCUCAACCCCCAUCCAGCCCAUCUUCCUAGUGUUUGUGAAAUAAACUUGGUAUUUGUCCCAGUCA